AUGCCUCACAGUGACGUGCUCGCUGCGCACGGCAAUGGCCACAUCCACCGUCGACAUGGCACAUCCUCAGAACUCCCGGCGCCAUCUGCGCCGGCAACAUCAGCAUCACACCAUUACGAUAUCACACCCGAAGUCUUUCGAUGCUUCAUGUCCUACGAAAGUGCACCUCCUUUAAACCAUCUCUCCCAACCGGUGCAUUACCAUGACCCCAGCAAGACGUCCACCAUCUCGGCUUGGCAACAUUUGCCCGCUUCCAGACCGACUCAAGAGCUCAGCCUCGCACAAGGCAAUUUGCAACGCGCCAUCAGAGGUAUGCCCAAGAAAAAGGCGGCAUUGGGCGCCCAAAUCGCUGAUAAAGACAAAUCCUUGUCAGCGAGCCACGCGCUUGCACCUUCUCUCUCCAUCGAACCGCCGAAAAGCCAAACGCCUUGGCGCUCACCCUCUUCAGAGUCGCUCACGUACGACUUUCAGCAGCUGCAAGUCUCGGCACAAGAGCAGCGACCAGCAUCCACGACUCCGGCCGCACCUGAAACACGUCAACAGAGCGUGCAGAGUGUUGACCAGCAUCAUACCUCCGCCUCCCAUCAACACUUUCGCUUUCCCUCACUGCCGACCAAUCUGAUCGACGGCGGCUAUCACUACCGUCAACGCGCUGCUCAAUUCAUCCUUCUCUAUAGUCAACAGGCCAGCCGAGAACAGCUGUCGAGAUGUAAUCGUCUCUCCCUUCCGCUCAUGAUCCGUGACUCUCAUACCUAUUCCAGAUCCGGUGGCAAUAGCAGGCGCACCAUCACCGGCCACGCUGCGGAUCAGCAUGGCCUCGAUCAUCUUCACCAACCUACACCCGACGACGACGAUGACAGCGUCCUUUCCCACCACCAUGCACACAAUGCUUCUGAUGACGACAGCGAGGACCUCGACUUUGAUGCUUGUCGUACCGCUCAUCUCGGCAACAAGAAGAAGCGUAAGAGCAGCCGCUUCAGCAGUCCUGGCCUCGCUUCCCUCACCAAUGCUCAACAGACCAUGCAGACCAGCGCUGUCAACCUGACUCCCAACAACGCCAUCCCUCACCGCGCCACCGACUCGGUCAUACGCAACACUCAGAGCAGCCAGAUGCGUGCGCUCGUCGACAAGUCAAACACACCCAACCAAACACCUUCGCAGCCGUCUGUUCUUGCUGCUCAGAAGCAGAAUGAUGUCGCCUUGACCCCUCCCAAGCCCACUUCUGCCCAUCGUCUUGCACCUCUGCGUCUUGCACUUAGACAGACCAACGGCGAGCGGCAGAGAUUGUCCGCUCGAAAGCGUAUUCGAGCCCGUCUAGCUCCCAUCCUUGACCGCAGAAGGCACGAUAGGCUACAAGAGCAAGCUCUACACAAGCAGGAGAGCCAUGCCAAGCACGACGCUAUUCUUUCGCAAGAUAAAGCAGAGGCGGACGUACAGGAUGUUGCCGCUACGGAGAAACGCGUGCCGUCCAAACGCACUUCCAAAGCUGGUAAAAGAGCCCAAGCGAUCCGUGGCGGUGCUUCGUCUGGCAAGCCGCUCACCAUCGCUGAGAUUCGUGCCAGGGCUGUCGCUGCAUCAGGAGGAUUGUCCAAUACCCCUAUUACUCAGGCAAAGUCAAGUUCAUCCGCACGUUCGCCUAAAAGUACUUCAUCCUCUUCAAAUGGUCACAUGGGCUCGGACAGUGCAAAGCAGAGCGCGACGUCGCCAAUUUCGAAGCUGGAUUCUUCGCCGAGUCCAAAGUCGAGCUUUUCUGCGACAGAUCGAGAAACAGCGCGGGCUCCCUCGACCGCAACCGACUACUUGCCAACAGACAGCAAGCCGCGCUUACAGUCAAGGCUUCCUGCACCAACAUCGACGUUCGACUUUCGCAUGUCCUCUGCCGUCACGCUUCGUCUUCGAGAAUUGCGGUCCCAGCUCGAUGCGGCCACUCGCCAUCUCUCCGAUAUGGCCAAACGAGGCACUUUGCGCCUUGCCAACAAGGCAGAUGGUCAGGCUGCGCCUCAAGUAAACCACGAUGAUCCCAUUCCGAGCGCCGUAAUGAAUCCGAAUGACCGACAUGCUGACCAUCUCCCUCCAUGGGUACGCGGCGCGCUAGAUUUUCAACCAGCGGUCGACGACUUCCAGGUGAUCAACUCCAAGCCGCACACAUCCCGCCAAACCGCCAAGCACGAAGCGACAUCGCCAUCUGCGCCGCCCAUCUGGCCUCAUCGUGGCUCGUCGACGCCGGCGAAUAAUGGCCAGUCACGCAGCUCCCCAACCUCUUCGAGACAAACACCUGUCUCUACGUCGCUCAGCACGAACAAAACGUCCAACAGUCGUCGUACAGCUGCUCGCAAUCCUGCCUCGCACAAGCACGGCGCAGCAUGCAAGCAUGGCCAUGCUCAUGCUCAUGGUCACGGACGUCCACACGGGUCAGGUUCGGCUCUGUUCACUGACGAUGACUGGAUUUGUGUGUUUUGCGAGUAUGAGCUGUACUACGGCGAGGCGCCACUCAUGUUGCGAGCUUGCCGCAACCGCAAAAAGCUGGUCGAGAGGAAGAGCAAGGUCAAGAGCAAAGCACAGGCUGCGCUGCACAAGAAAUCGAGUGCCAAAUUAAACGGCUCGAGCUGUCAGCAUGGCCAUGAUCACGUUCACGACUACGGCCAUCGUCACCACGACCACGACUAUGACCAUGACUGCAUGCUUGACCAUGAUCACGCCUGCUAUCACGACCAUGGCAGUGUCAGUGGAUCAGAGGACUGCUGUCAUCAUGAUCACGAUCAUAUACAUGAGCAUGACCGGCAUGCACUCGACAGGGACGUUCACGGCUCGCAUCGAGCGCGUUCCCUGUCGCGAUCGUCUCAUCCCACUGGGCGCAACGACGUGCAUCGCGAACGAUGCGACUGCGGUAACUCGAUUCACUCCAGCGACUUUGGCGACGAAGACAGGUAA